AUGAGUUUGAUUUCUAAUCCUAAUUCAAAGCCAUCUUCCUUUUGUCUGAAAUGGCCAUGGGAUGCUUUAAACCCUAACCCUAAAAUCCCCCACGCGCCUAACCCCUGCAACUUUGAGGCUCCUUGGUUAUUCAGGUCUCUCCAAAACCUUGGAUCAUUAGCUUUUAAUUUUGUCAACUCUGUUUCAAAUUCUUCAACUUCUCAGACCCCAAAUUCCCUGGAAUCUAAUAAGAAAUUGAAUUUGACAUGGAACAAGAAGAAGAGAGUGACUCCCAAUGGUCUUGAGCAGGCCGAGGCUGAGCAGCGAGCCUUUGCUGCCGCUCUGGCAAGUGAUAAGGAGGCGACCUUGCUCGAGUUUUACUCGCCCAAAUGCAGGCUCUGUAAUUCACUGGUUAAUUUUGUUUUGGAAAUGGAAACAAGGAAUGGUCACUGGCUUAACGUUGUCAUGGCUGAUGCCGAGAAUGAGAAGUGGUUACCAGAGCUCCUUAAUUAUGAUGUUAGUUAUGUCCCCUGCUUUGUGCUUAUUGACAACAAAGGAAGGGCCCUGGCUAAGUCGGGUGUCCCAAAUAGCCGUUUACAUGUUAUAGUUGGACUAUCACAUCUUCUCAAAAUGAAGCGUCCUCAACAAAACUAA